CCCGGAGUCUGGCGGGGUUCCCGCCUCGGGCCGCCGGGGAGCCCACGUUGGCGUCGGGGGCGCCCCCUGGAGGAUUUGGGGAGGGGGAAGGAAGAAGAGACUAUUAUUGAGUUGGAUGAUGUCGGGGGUGCGGGAAGUGUGUGGACAAGCAGGCGUCGGCAAAAUGGGUUCAGAGGUAGUCACGAAUCGCACUGAGCCAAAAAACGUCCAGCAUUUUCUUCCGUUACAAGCAAAAUGAAUAUUCCCAUGCUGCUCCAACAUCCUCAUCGGGACUUCCUUAAAGUCCUUUUAAGAACGCUUUUCCGACGUUACCACUUCAUCGUACCCUCAAGUACUCACCUCAGAUCAGGAAUCCCACGUGCUCAGCCGUUCAGUUCUCUCGGACUCCAUCAUGCAAAGUGGAUGCUGCCGUCAAAUGGUUUAACGAGAACAUUAUGUCUACAAACAACCUUAAAGGAACAAACAGAAGGACUUUCUGAUAAAGAACAAAAGCUUGUGGCUGAGCUUUAUACUGGUUUAAUCCAGGGGCAAAGGGCCUGCUUGGCAGAGGCCAUAACUCUUAUAGAAUCAACUCACAACAGGAAGAAAGAGUUAGCCCAGGUGCUUCUUCAGAAAGUGUUGGUCCACCACAGAGAACAAGAAAAAUUAAAAGGAAAACCACUAGCAUUUCGAGUGGGAUUGUCUGGGCCUCCUGGUGCUGGGAAAUCAACCUUUAUAGAAUAUUUUGGAAAAAUGCUUACUGAGAGAGGGCACAAAUUAUCUGUGCUGGCUGUGGACCCUUCUUCUUGUACUAGUGGUGGAUCACUCUUAGGUGAUAAAACCCGAAUGACUGAGUUAUCAAGAGAUAUGAACGCGUACAUCAGGCCAUCUCCUACUAGAGGUACUUUAGGAGGUGUGACAAGGACCACAAACGAAGCUAUUCUGUUGUGCGAAGGAGGCGGAUAUGACAUAAUUCUUAUUGAAACCGUGGGUGUGGGGCAGUCGGAGUUUGCUGUUGCUGACAUGGUUGACAUGUUUGUUUUACUACUGCCACCAGCAGGAGGAGAUGAAUUGCAGGGUAUUAAAAGAGGUAUAAUUGAGAUGGCAGAUCUGGUCGCUAUAACCAAAUCUGAUGGAGACUUGGUCGUGCCAGCUCGAAGGAUACAAGCAGAGUAUGUGAGCGCGCUGAAAUUACUCCGCAGGCGUUCAGGAGUCUGGAGACCAAAGGUAAUUCGUAUUUCUGCCAGAAGUGGAGAGGGGAUCGCUGAAAUGUGGGAUACAAUGAAAGAAUUCCAGGAUGUGAUGCUUGCCAGUGGGGAGCUGACUGCCAAGCGACAGAAGCAGCAGAGAGUUUGGAUGUGGAACCUCAUUCAGGAAAAUGUGGUAGAACAUUUCAGGACCCACCCCACAGUCCGGAAACGGAUUCCUCUCCUGGAAGAAAGCGUUCUCAGUGGGGCCCUGUCCCCAGGCCUAGCGGCAGACCUGUUGUUGAAAGCUUUUAAAAGCAGAGACUAAUGAAGUGCAUCCUAUCCAAUAACUUUAUAUAUC